UAUAGUGAGUGUGACCUAUAGGACUUAGAACAUAGCAGUUUAGAGAAGUAAAACAGUCACCUACUGAAAUGUCACUACCAAAGUAUAUUGUAACUAUCCUUUUGAGUACGUUGUUUAUACUUGUUGACCUUGGCCAUGCUAGACAUAAGUUACUACUGGUAUCAUUUGACGGUUUUCGCUACGACUACAUCGGGAAAUACAAAACUCCUAAUUUUGACCGCGUAGCUCAAGCCGGUGUACGUGCUCAGCUAGGGGUUCAGACUGCGUUCGUAACGAAAACGUUCCCUGACCAUUACACUAUAGCUACAGGCCUUUAUGAAGAAAGCCAUGGAAUCGUUAGUAACACAAUGUAUGAUCCAAAAUUCAACACAACAUUUGACAUGAAAAAUCUUGAAACCAGAUGGUGGGAUGGUGGAGAACCAAUCUGGACAACGGCAAAGUUGCAAGGAGUGAAAGUUGGUUCUUUCUUUUGGCCAGGAUCUGAAGUUCUACUCAAAAAUGUAAAACCGAACAUUUGUAUGGCUUAUAAUAAAUCUACUCCAUUCAAAGCACGAGUAGAUAUAACCAUUGGUUGGCUAUCCAAAAAGAAUGUCGACCUUGCCGUCUUAUAUUUUCAUGAACCAGACAGUGCAGGGCAUAAGUAUGGGGCCUUUAGUUCUGAAGUCGAGAAAACUGUUAAGACAGUCGAUGAAACUCUUGGUUACAUUUUAGAUAAGCUAGAACAGACCAACUUACUAAACAAAGUUAAUCUUAUCCUUGUAAGCGACCAUGGAAUGACGAAUGUAACUCUUGACUCUAAACAUAUAAUUGCUCUAAACGAAUCUUUAGAGCUAGAACAGUAUGUUCAAAUAAUAGCUGAUUAUGGCCCCGUGGCUGCUAUUUUGCCAAAGAAAGAUAAAGAGGACUUGGUGUACAACCAUUUGAAAACGGCUCACCCAAACAUGACGGUUUAUAGAAAGAAAGAUAUUCCUAACCAUUUCCACUAUAAGAACCACAGACGAAUAAUGCCGAUCAUUGCUGUAGCUGAUGAAGGAUAUUACAUAGUACCACAAAGACCACAGAAUCUAAGUGAUAUCGCUAUUGGUCAACAUGGUUAUGACAAUCGUCUUCGAUCAAUGAGACCGCUCUUCUUGGCAAGAGGACCUAACUUCAAGAAAAACUUCACCAUUAAGUCAGUUUUUAACACAGUUAACAUAUACCCCAUGCUUUGUUAUCUACUUAACAUCAAACCCGCACCGAACAACGGAAGUUUGGAGAUUGUUAAGGAGUUUCUUCACAACAACUCUUCUGCUGGUCCUCCUACUAUGUCGUUCACUUUAUCUGUAUCUAUCGUUGUGUCAAUGUUAUUGAUCUUCCGCCCUUUCUUUUAAAGUGUGAAAAUGAAUAUGUUUUAUUUGAAAUUGGCUUAAACUUAACAUUUAAUUUAGUUAUGACUCGAUGUGUUUGAUAAAAAAAAUCAUAUAUCUGUAAUUAAUUUGAUGACUAUUAGCCUUAAGUCAUAUUGUUUAGUUCCCGAAUUAAUUAACACAUAUAUAUAUAUAUAUGUUUUGACCGUUACACACCAUGUCUUAUUGAACCGUGCAGAUGAGCCUUGAAAGAGCGAAGCUGCAGUCCACACCAGAGGGUGCAGCCAAUCAAAGAAUACAUUAGGUCUCUACGUCAGAAUAUUUUAAAUUCUACCUUUGGUGAAAAUAAAAUAAGUGUGCAAUAUAAUUAUUUCUUACAAUUUGUCUUAUAACAUUAACGUGUACUAUAUAAAGAAAGACAGGUUCUCAAAGUUGAUUUAUAAUGUGAUGUUUUUAAUGUUGUGUGUAUAUGUGGAAGUAUUUAGAUUAUUUCCACAUAAGUUUGUUUGCUCUAGAGCAAAACCACAUUAGACUGUCUGCCGUGUCCAACUCGGGGCAUCGAACCCAGAAUUUUGUAAGUCCGUAAACUGACCCACUGGGUGACUCGCCUGAUAAGCAACAUUUGAAAAGUUUCAAAGACACGUGUGCUCAUUAUACAGUGAACUAAAAAACAAAUACUUUUUCUCACUUCUAUUUUAAUACUAAAUGAUUUGCAUUUUACUUGCAUAAAGAAAAUUAAAUAUAAGCCUAAAAAGUUUACAAAUUAUAAUUUCCCGAUGUUUAUUAACACGCAAGUAAUAACAUGCUGCAAACUUUUUAU